AAUAUCAUGUCCCACUCUAAUAUCACUCACAGGCCAUUCUGAUAUCAUUCAUGGUCCACUCGGAUAUCAUGUUCCACUCUAAUAUCAUUCCCAGGCCACUUUGAUAUCAUUCAUGUUCCUCUUUAGUAUCACUCCCAGGCUACUUUGAUAUCAUUCAUGUUCUACUCUAAUAUCACUCACAUUCCACUCUGAUAUCAUGCAUGUUCCUCUUUAGUAUAAUUCCCAGGCCACUUUGAUAUCACUCAUGUCCCACUCUAAUGUCACUCACAGGCCACUCUGAUAUCACUCAUGUUCUACUCUAAUAUGAUUCACAGGCCACUGUGAUAUCACUCAUGUCCUCCCACUUUAAUAUCACUCACAGGCCACUUUGAUAUAAUUCAUGUUCCACUCAGCUAUAACAGGCCACUCUGAUAUCACUCAUGUUCCCGCUCUAAUAUCACUCACAGAACACUCUGAUAUCAUUCAUGUUCCACUCUAAUAUCACUCACAGUCCGCUGUCAUAUCACUCACAGGCCACUUUUGAUAUCAUUCUAAUAUCUGAUGUCACUCACGUGCCACAUUUGGCCCACGAGCUGCCGGUUGGAUAUCAGUGCUGUAGAUAUUAAAAAGACAGACAGGAAAAAGUGCAAGGAUACGAAAGAGAGGCCAGCUAGUGGACUGUUUUAAUCAACUGGACUCUUGGAAGCCGUUUAUGGAAGGAAGCCACGAUACUGAUCUCGAUUCGGUUUCAGUUCGCUUGACAACGGUGAGAGCACAACCAGGAAGAACACGCACGCACGCACGCACGCACAGUUACACACACCCACAGCGCCAGCGAUCGUCCUCCCCUCCUCCCCAACUCUCCCAGUUUACCGAGCCGUGCCAUCGCACCAGUCCGGCUCCCUCGUCUCGCUCCCCGGCACACGUUCACUCGUUCGACGGCCCCCUCCCGGCAGUCAGGCAGGCAGGCAGGCAGGAAGUACGGCGGCCCAGUCAAGAAGCAUGUGAUGACCCACACCAAGCAAAGGGGUUCCAACCAACACCGGGACCGCAGCCCUCCGUGGCUGCAUGGUGGCGCUAUGGGCGGCGACCAGCCCGAGCGCUCUCUCCGCUUCGGCCGCACCAAGAAGAUAAGUGCAGUCGUCCACGGAAGGAAGAUGAUGAAGGACAAGGGAUCUGAUCAUACCCAGAAACUGGACUGCGAUAAAAAAUGGGACAGGAAGUUGUAUCCACUAAGGGGGAGAAUGGGGGAGGGGCUUAGGUGCCAUGUGCUCCUCACAAGGUUGGAGGAAAGCCCCCGCGGGCAAAAGAAACCUGUAGAGAGAAAGGUGCCCGACAAGGCCAGGAAAGGUGGGAUUGGCGUAAGACCAGAGGACAAGAUGACAUCAAAAGUCAAAUCCAAGCGGAGUGACUUCGUACACGUCUCGCAACCACGCAAGCGCCGCCUCGCCUCGCUCAACGCCGAGGCGGUGAACAGCCUGCUACUGGAAAGAGCCACUGACCAACCGGCAGUCAAACAAGCUAAAAGACAGGAGGAGCCCGCAAGUGGAGCGCUUUCCCCGGGUGGGUUUCCGGCGGCCAGGAGCCCCACCGCGCCAGCUCUGAAUGUUGCUAAACCCUCCUCGUCUCACAAGCCAGACCAGUGCCGAAUCUCUGUGAAGGUCAGGAGAAAAACCACCAGAGUCGGUGAGAGUAGAAGGUUGAGUUUGGACAUUCUGGAUACACCCACACCGAGGAGACUGGCCGGUCUCAACGCCGCCGCCCUGCUGAAGUUGACCAGCUCGUCUGCGGUGACGAAGCCACGAGUAAAAGCGCCCUCGAGCGCUUCCGUCGCAUCUGACUGCAAGAAUCCUGCUGCACCCCAAAAACAGCCCCCUCGAGUCAAACACAAAGGGCGCUCACCAAAACUAAAAGGGAGCCCCAUGAAGGCGGCCCCCAUGCACUGUAGCUGCUCCGCUUGCAAAGAGAAGACUGGCUUUGAGCCCAAAGUGGAAUGGGAGUCCGGUACUGUCGCCAAAACGGGCUACCAGUCGCGCAGCAUGCUCGGGUACUCGCUGAAAAACGUGAAGGAAGAGCAGCUGGAAACCGAACUGAGCCCUUGCUACUGCUGUCCCCCUGGGGGCUCCGUGGAGUACUGUCACCGCCUGGCCUUCUUCCUGGGUCAGCAACCCUACGCAGAGUCAGGUGAUCAACCCAUCAGCUCGGCGGUGGCCCCUGUGAAGCGUGAGUGCCUUGUCACUUCGCCGCCCCUUACCCACUCCCACCCCGCCCUGACCCUCAGCCACCACCCCUGCCUCUGCUACUACGUCCACAUCACCCCACACCCGCCGCACACCGGAGCAUCCGCGCCGCCGCUCACGUCCAGACGUCUGAGUUUUUCCCCACCCGGCUUAUGCCCUGAUCGGACCAUUGGUUCCAAGCCGCCGGGUGCUCCGGUGAGACACACAUCGGGGAUGCCCCACCCGCCCCACCCGUCCUGCUGCAGCACGGUCGGCUCGCCUUGUUGCGGCCAAGCCUGCGGAAUCAACAACUACACCUGCAGGUGUCAACACCUGCCUCCUCUCCACAGCAGGGGCUGCUCUUUCAGCGCGGGAUGCACCGGAUGCUCGCAGGGCAUCAAAACAGAGACCUUCUCCUCCCCUCAGGGUGACCACAGUCCCACCCAGACUAAUCCCCACCUGCAGCAGCAGCCCCGGGCCGGGCUAAAAGCAUCCGCAGAGAACCCACCGGGCACCAAGGCCUCCGCCAACGGUCGCCGGCAUUCGCCCCAGCAGCUUCCUCCAUCCCCGCCGAGCCCUUGCAAACUAAAGAAAGUGGUCCGCAGACGCGCCACCAACGGCUGGCGGCCUGUUGGAACCCCCGCAGAGAAGGAGGUUUUCAUCGCGGGGGAGGAUGAGACGGCGCUCCGGCUGUGCUACGAAGGCGUUGAGAGGGACGGUGAAGUGAUCCGCGUUCGAGACACGGUGCUGCUUCGAUCGGGUCCCAGGAAGAAAUCCCUGCCGUACGUGGCCAAGAUAUCAGCGUUGUGGGAGGAUCCCAAAUCAGGGGAGCUGAUGAUGAGUCUUUUCUGGUACUACCGACCUGAGCACACCCAGGGAGGCCGAGAUCCCGGCGCACACUGUGAGAACGAGAUCUUUGCCUCUCGACAUCAAGACGAGAACAGCGUGGCCUGCAUUGAAGACAGAUGCUACGUCCUCCCGCUAGCCCAGUACUGUAGAUAUUGUGCCUUGAUGAAGCGACGUUCCGAAGGCGCCCCGCCCGGCGGCUCAAGCACGGUGCACCCGUGCACGGACUUCGCACCCCCCUCCCACCGCUGUGUGCCCAGCGAUGUGGACCCGGAGCUGGUCUACCUGUGCCGCCACGUCUACGACUUCCGCUACGGACGCAUCCUGAAGAACCUGCAGUAGGAUUUUUAACACCCGCAUCCACUACACUGCACCCCCCCCUACAGCUGAAGGACCGGUUUUAGAAGCACAUAGCCCUUUAGCUGGCUGAAGAGGUUACAAUAAAUAGUCAAUGUCUGGGUGGGAUGCACCACUAACACCCCCCCCCCCCAAGCCCCCCACCCACCCACUGCCCCAUCUCUCUGCCUGCCAGGCAUGCUGAUCAGGCUGACCGUUUAGCAUGUUAGCGCUAAAACCAUAUUUGUAAGCCACUGGCUCAGGGGGGGCUCUGGCGGCUAGGGUUCUUUUCUUCCGGGGUGGGGUGGUAAAGCAUCCAGGCUGGAGGAGCAGCUAAUGGACAGUUUGGUGCUGGGAGAGCGAGUGUUGUCGGUGUGGAUAAAUGUGGGAAUGUGUUUUUGGUUUUAUGAUGAUUUUGUCCCGGAUGCUUUCAGGCAAUCAAACCAAACAAAAGCAGCUCUUUUGACAGGAAGACGAUCUCUCUGGCCGUCCUCUGUGCUGCCCAUUUUUUUCAAACGACGCUCUGCACAAUCUAAAAUAUUCCUCUCAUCGACCAAAGUCGCUCCGGAUUUCUUCUUCUCGCCUUUUAGCCUUUAUUUAUUUAUUUAUUUAUUUUUUAAUGGGUCCAAUCAGGAAACUAAUGAGUUGAACAAUCCUUGCUCUACCGCUUCUAUUCUGAUCAGGCUCACCAGGGGGCGCUAGAGUAAACGAUAGGUAGAGUUGGCACAAACGCAUGGUUUGUGUUUCCAGUGGUGGCGGGAUGAUGUUAGCAAUGUCUGCUACAUAAAUAGUAGCAGUGGUGAGAUUACAUGGUGACUGGUCACGUAAGCCCUGGUCCUGGGACGCGGAUGAAGUAAAUGAAUGAACCACACGAUGAAGGAAAUAAUAAUAAUUAUUAAAUUAAAUAAUAAUAAUAAUGAAAUAAUAAUAAUCAACAUAUUGCCGUGUGCACGCAUCUGUCUUCCUCCUCUUCCGCCUCCAAACAAGCAGGAAGGGGGUUUCUUUUUUCCCAUAGAACAACAACAUGAACGGAGUGAGCCUUUUUGCCUCUGGGUGAAUGGAGGCUGGGCCGCUAGCAUGCUAGCAUACACACAGAAGAAUGCAAGGUAACAUAAUAGAAAUGAAAUGAUUGCAAUCAAAAAUAUCAUGUCAAAUAUCAUCACGUCCCGGUAAAUAGCGUGACACGAUGCUAAGGAAAUUAGCAAGAUGGCACAGUGUGAUAAUAAAGUUUUUUUUUUUUUUUUUACACUAUAAUAUUUUGCUACCUCAGUUUGCCAGCUUCUCUAAUAUGUGGCUUCAUUCAUCCAUCUUCUCCCGCUUACCCAAGAUCUGGUCUCGGAGGCAGGCAGCCCAAGCAGGGAAAACCCAGAUUCGGCUCUGCACGGAUGCCGGUGCCUCCCCGGGAGGCCUCCUACUGGUUGGACAUGCCCUGACCUCCUCCCCAGGGAGGUGUCCGGGUGGCAUCCUGAUAUGAUGCCUGAGCCACAUCAUCUGGCUCCUCUCAAUAUGGAGAAAUUGUCCAUAGGUAUGAAUGUGGGUGGGAAUUUGUCUAUAUGUGCCCUGUGAUUGGCUGGCCACCAGUCCAGGGUGUACCCCGCCUCUUGCCCGAAGACAGCUGGGAUAGGCUCCAGCACCCCCCCUCCCGACCCUAGUGAGGAUAAGCGGUAGAAAAUGAAUGAAUGAAUGAAUGCUCAAGAAUCCAUUGCUUUGGUCUGAAAGUCCACUGCCCAGAUUUAAGCAAGCGCAUUCCAUCAAUAUCCCUUUGUCUCGCCACUUCCUGGUCUGUUGCUCCGCCUCCCAGUGUUACCACACAAGUCCCGCCUCCUCCAUUCCUCCUCAGAACUUUGCUUCAUUCUCGUGUUAAAUUGCACUAAAGCAUUCCCAGUAAUCGUAGCUGAUGAAAUAGUGAAGAUGUCAUGGCUGCUAUCAGUUGAGUAGUAUAGUAGUCGUAGUAGUAGUAAUCGUAGUAUUGUUACAGUUGUACUACUGGUCCAGUACGGUAAACAUGACAGAAGCCAUUCCAUUGAUUUAGCUUUGAAGUACUUGUGAAUACACAGUAUCUAUAUGAAUAUAUGUAUUUAUGCAGAAAGGAAGCCAUGGUUGCGUGUUGGAGGUGAUGAGGUGCAUGAAUCCUCAAGACCAAAGUACGUGUAGUACUUUUGCUGGGAUGGCACAUGGAGUAUAUGUUGCUGGCCUCCAAGUGUGGAGGUCCCCUUCUAGAUGAUUUGUAAAAAGCCAUGUGAGCACGGGUUAGGUAGCCUGGUAAUAUGGGGGGGGGGUCAUCUGGACAAUAUACUGUGUGAAGGUAUGGAUUCACUUCUUUGAGGGCAUGCUUUGUGGGAAUGAUGAACUAUGAUGGGUUUGUUGGACGCAAUUUCAUUUUAGCCAAGAGCAAAGCACGCAGUCACAUGAGGCAUCUCCAGAUGUUUCCUCCAAUCGUGGCCUCCGCUCACAUCGACGCUGGGUGCUUUGGAUUGUUAACAAACACAAACAGAAGAUCCUCAGGGAAAGAAAACAAGUAUCUGUAAUAAUUAAGAGUUGCACAAGAAUAAUCCGGCUGAUUUCAGGGAUUUAUGAUAUCGUACUGAUAAAUCCCACCAAUCGUCAUCUCCACGUCUUCAGGCCAUGUUCUGCAAAUUCUCUAUUUCAUCUACAAAUGUUUCUCCCUUCUUUUAUCCUGGAAAACGAUGGACACGUGGCUCAAGUCUCCUGGAAAACUAUGGACGCAUGUUCUAAAGUUUCCUGGAAAACUAUGGACACAUGUUCUAAAGUCUCCUGGAAAACUAUGGACACAUGUUCUAAAGUCUCCUGGAAAACUAUGGACACAUGUUCUAAAGUCUCCUGGAAAACUAUGGACACAUGUUCUAAAGUCUCCUGGAAAACUAUGGACAUGUGGCUCAAGUCUCUUGGAAAAUUACUAAAGUCUCCUGGAAAACGAUGGACACGUGGCUCAAGUCUCCUGGAAAACUUUGGACGUGAGGCUCAAGUAUCCUGGAAAACUAUGGACACGUGUUCUAAAGUCUCAGAGAAAACUAUGGACACAUGGCUCAAGUCUCCUGGAAAGCUUUGGACACGUGGCUCAAGUCUCCUGGAAAACUAUGGACACAUGGUCUAAACUCUCCUGGAAAACUAUGGACACGUGGCUCAAGUCUCCUGGAAAACUUUGGACAUGUGGCUCAAGUCUCCUGGAAAGCUUUGGACAUGUGGCUCAAGUGUCCUGGAAAGCUUUGGACAUGUGGCUCAAGUCUCCUGGAAAGCUUUGGACAUGUGGCUCACGUCUCCUGGAAAGCUUUGGACAUGUGGCUCAAGUCUCCUGGAAAACUAUGGACACUUGAUCUAAACUCUCCUGGAAAACUAUGGACAUGUGGCUCAAGUCUCCUGGCAAACUUUGGACAUGUGGCUCAAGUCUCCUGGAAAGCUAUGGACAUGUGGCUCAAGUCUCCUGGAAAGCUAUGGACAUGUGGCUCAAGUCUCCUGGAAAACUUUGGACAUAUGUUUUAAACUCUCCUGGAAAACUAUGGACACAUGUUCUAAAGUCUCCUGGAAAAAUAUGGACAUGUGGCUCAGGUCUCCUGGAAAACUAUGGCCACAACGAUGGCGGUGUCUCGUCCACCGCCAUGUUAGUACUUCCAGGACAGAGCUGGAUCAUCAUGGCUAGUUACCAGCCAUCCAUUACCAGCAUUCCGGCAUCAGGGCUACAUUUUGGACAAGGUGCUUCCAAUACACUAUGGUGGUCGUCCUAAAGUAGGGAAGCUUUAGCUCCGCCUCCCACAGCACUGCAUUAUUUACAGGAAGCACAAAUAGAAACUCAAGUCAGGCUGUUAGAGUCUUGCUGUAACUGAUUUUAAAUGCCCGUCGCUCUCUGCACUUGAGCAAAUAAACACCUUCGGUCACUAUUAGAAGAAUUACGGUUGAGGCCUGGGAGCUGUCCUGCCGACCUUGCUGACCUUUUUAAAGGUGACCUCUGGGUUUGAGUGGUGGCCACCCGAGCGUCCUAUUGAUUUGUGCUGAUAAACGUGCACCUGACAGUCCUGGCGUAGGACAGGAUGCCCCCCCCCCACCCCCCUUGAAAACAUAGCGUGUGCAAUGAAAGAGCUUUUCUUCCACCAUACAUCCAUACCUCCAUCCAUCCAUCCAUACGUCCAUGCAGCUAGCCUUUCGUCUAGAUAUGCAUCCAAAAAGUCUCAUGCCCCCCCCCAAUACAAGAAAAUCCAAGUUUUCUUGUAUUUUCCAGGCUGGUGUAACGGGGCUACAAACACUGCUAAUAUUUGUUCCUUUUUGUGACGUCACACAGGAAGCGUCACCACUCAAAACGAAAGCGUGCUGCGUACUUUCUUGGCGACAUAUAUUUUCAUAUAUUUGGGGAUUCGGGGACUUAAAAAGUUAGGAUAUUUUUGCAGUAAAGAAGCGUGUAUCAGAUUUAUUGUCACUUUUUUUGUCAAAUGACGUAACAUCCCUGCUGAUUUCAAGUUGCAUUCAAAGACUAUUUAUACAUUUGAAAUGAAGUCCUUUGUGAACAUUUUGCGUGUGAGUGCUUUUUUUCCCCUCGCAUUUCAGACCACUCGGCUGUUUUUCCCUCUUCUGCAGGGCGCAGCAGUGCAAAAGGGAAGCUCGUCCGCUUGUAUGUGAUGAAAAUAGGAAGUGUGCGAGGACCUCCCGCCUUACCCCCUUAGUGAAAUAAAAGGAGGGAGGUCCUGCAUCCAAAUCUCCACAGGAGGUCAGCAGUGAGACGAGCGUGCGGAUCAGGGUCACUAUAGACCCUUUGCAAGGACUUUGCGGGUCCUAAUGAGGUCGCUCACUUAGGUCGCUCACUUGUCUGCUUAGGACGAUGGAGGUGUAACAAGAACCCCCCAGUGUAACCCCCUCCACACGCAUCCUGUCACUCAUUAUCUGCCAUUAGCCUGCAUGGCAGCAUUAGCAAAGCUAGUGAUUAGCGUACUAUAAUAACACCAAGGAAGACUGGCUGGGUCAGACUGGGAAACAACAAUAAGGGCGAGUAUUGGAUUAAUACAGGGGUGUUCAAAGUGCGGCUGGGGGGCCAUGUGUGGGCCGUAGCUGUAUUUUUUUUGGCCCUUGGCAAAUUCUAAAAAUAUUUAACAAGAAAGCAAAAAAAAAAAGAUUAGCGUAAUUUACAAGAAUACUUUUGAUAUGUCAUUUUAGUAGCAAGACAUUGAAACAUUAUACUAAAAUCUA